GCUAUUGGGUCUAGGUCUCCUAGCUAUUCUCUACAGCUUCUCAAUACCUGGGCUUUAAUGGCGCCCGCUCUAAGCAGGAGCUUGGUUGCAGCUUCUGCUUCCUAUUUUCCUUCGUCAUCAUCUUUUUCCGUGCAUAACCGCAGUAGAGUUCUGAGGUUAGGAACUGCUUUUCGACCCGGAAAUGUUCUCAGAAAUAGUCUUUCUGGCGCCGGAUUGAAGUGGAAGGUAGAAAAGAGGGACAGUCGAGUGGUUGUCCGAUGUGAGGCGGCGGCUGUUGCAGAGAAAGAAGCCGCUGAGACUUCUGGGGAGAAGUUCGAGUAUCAGGCGGAGGUCAGUCGGCUUUUGGAUUUAAUAGUUCACAGUCUUUAUAGCCACAAGGAAGUGUUUCUUCGAGAGCUUGUGAGUAAUGCAAGUGAUGCUCUAGACAAGUUGAGAUUUUUAAGUGUGACCGAACCCUCUCUUCUUGGAGAUGCUGGUGAACUGGAGAUUCGCAUCAAGCCUGAUCCAGACAAUGGAACCAUUACUAUAACAGAUACAGGUAUUGGAAUGACUAAGGAAGAGCUUGUUGAUUGUCUUGGUACCAUUGCUCAAAGUGGAACAUCAAAAUUCUUGAAGGCUCUCAAGGAAAAUAAAGAUCUUGGAGCAGAUAAUGGUUUGAUUGGUCAAUUUGGAGUUGGAUUUUAUUCAGCAUUCCUUGUUGCUGAAAAGGUAGUUGUGUCUACAAAGAGCCCAAUGUCGGAUAAGCAGUACGUCUGGGAAGCUGUGGCUGACAGUAGUUCGUACUUGAUAAGGGAAGAGACUGAUCCUGAUAAUCAACUGCUGCGUGGAACUCAGAUUACCUUAUACCUGAGGCCAGAUGAUAAAUUCGAAUUCUCAGAACCAACUAAGAUUCAGAGUUUGGUGAAGAAUUACUCACAGUUUGUUUCCUUCCCUAUUUACACAUGGCAAGAGAAAUCAAGGACUGUGGAGGUAGAAGAGGAAGAAGAACCAAAAGAGGGAGAAGAAGAAAAACCAGAGGAAGAGAAGAAGAAGAAGAAGAAGAAGAAGACUGUAACAGAGAAGUAUUGGGAUUGGGAAUUAGCCAAUGAAACAAAACCGAUAUGGAUGCGAAAUCCAAAAGAAGUUUCAAAGGAUGAGUACAAUGAGUUCUACAAGAAGACAUUUAAUGAGUUCUUGGACCCACUUGCAUCUACCCACUUCACCACUGAGGGUGAGGUGGAAUUUAGAAGUGUUCUUUACAUUCCUGGCAUGGCACCUCUUAACAAUGAGGACAUUGUAAACCCCAAGACAAAGAAUAUACGUCUCUAUGUCAAGCGUGUAUUUAUUUCAGAUGACUUUGAUGGUGAACUGUUUCCACGAUACUUAAGCUUUGUAAAGGGUGUGGUAGAUUCAAAUGACCUUCCUCUUAAUGUUUCAAGAGAAAUUCUUCAGGAAAGCCGAAUUGUUAGAAUUAUGAGAAAGAGGCUUGUUAGAAAAACAUUUGAUAUGAUCCAGGAGAUAUCUGAUGGUGAAAAUAAAGAGGAUUACAAAAAAUUCUGGGAGAACUUUGGGAAAUUACUCAAGUUGGGUUGCAUCGAGGAUUCAGGAAAUCACAAGCGCAUAACUCCUCUGCUACGGUUCUACUCUUCCAAAAGUGAAGAAGAAUUGAUUAGCUUAGAUGACUAUGUUGAGAGCAUGCAGGAAAACCAGAAGGCUAUCUACUACUUGGCUACAGACAGCUUGAAAAGUGCAAAAACUGCCCCAUUCUUGGAGAAGUUGGUCCAAAAAGAUAUUGAGGUCCUUUGUCUAAUAGAACCUAUUGAUGAGGUUGCCAUCCAGAACCUACAAACAUACAAAGAAAAGAAAUUUGUUGACAUUAGCAAGGAAGACCUAGAGUUAGGUGAUGAUGAUGAGGUAACAGAAAGGGAAAACAAGCAAGAGUACAAUUUUUUUUGUGACUGGAUAAAGCAGCAACUUGGUGACAAAGUAGCUAAAGUGCAAGUCUCAAAGCGUCUCAGUUCAUCUCCCUGUGUGCUUGUUUCUGGCAAGUUUGGAUGGUCUGCUAAUAUGGAAAGACUUAUGAAAGCACAGACCCUUGGAGACACCUCAAGCUUGGAGUUCAUGAGGGGGAGAAGAAUAUUGGAGAUCAAUCCAGAUCAUCCUAUCAUUAAAGACUUAAAUGCUGCAUGCAAGAAUGCCUCAGAAAGUGCCGAAGCCAAAAGAGCUAUUGAUCUCUUGUAUGAAACAGCCUUGAUUUCCAGUGGAUUCACUCCUGACAGUCCAGCUGAGUUGGGUAACAAGAUAUAUGAGAUGAUGGCAAUUGCCCUCGGAGGACGGUGGGGACGAUCAGAUUCGGAGGAAGCAGGAAUAGAGGAAUCCAGUGAAGUUUCUGUUGAGACCUCAGAAGCCGAAGUGGUUGAGCCAUCAGAAGUGAGGGCAGAGAGUGAUCCUUGGCAAGAUUGAUAAUUUUCUGUGCACUUUUUGAAAAUAGGUAUGUUUUUCUGGUAUUGUUUAUGAUACUUGAUGCAGGUUUUACG